GAAACCAAUUGCUGUACCAGCUUAAGUUCAAAAUGGAUUCUCAACCGUCAUCGAAAGCGCUUCAUUAUCGCAUCAACACCAACAUCUCACAAUUACUCCAACGCUUCGAGAACAUCAUGGCAACAGCGACUACCGAAAGUACCAGCCACACCUCCACGGCCGUCGAGACAUACCAGCUAGACGUGGAAUCCACAGCGUUGGUCCGCGCAGCAGAAGACAUCCUCGCCCUGACCCGGACAAUGAAAGAAACCUGGUUAUUCGGGAAACUCGACACACUAGGCGAAGACGAAGCGGACGUGAAACGUCGCGAGGAACUAGAGAUGAAUGCGGAGGCGAUUUAAAAGGCCAUUGAAGAUGGGGGGUUUUUGAAGGCUGCUAAGUGAGGAUCAGCUUUGAGGUGUAUACUGUGGGUGCAUGGCGUAUAGUGGGUUGGUUUAUCUAUUGCAGGGAGUUGGCGGGUUGGCGUUCGGGUAUGCUUCUAGAAAGUGGUACUUCUGAAUUCUGAUGUUGAUGUAAAUAGUAGUUAUGUAUAUAUAUAAAAUUAUAUUAUAGAAUGCCC